AUGGCCAACGCCCCCGUCCCCACCAAGCCGCUCAAAAUCCUCAUGCUGCACGGGUACACGCAGUCCGGGCCACUAUUCCGGGCGAAGACGCGGGCUUUGGAGAAGAACCUCAACAAGGCCUUCCCCGGCGGCGUGACGCUCAGCUACCCAACCGCGCCAAUCCGGCUCUCGCCGGCGCAGAUCCCCGGCUGGGACACCGACGGCGUCAGCAAAGACGACGUCAAAGACAACGAGCAGCCCGACGCGUGGGGCUGGUGGGUGCGCAAGGGCGACGGCGUGCCCUUCGUGUACGAGGGCAUGGAGGAGGGCUUUGCGAAGGUCGCCGACGUCAUCAAGGCCGAGGGCCCCUUCGAUGGCGUUAUUGGCUUUUCGCAGGGCGCGGCGGCCGCGGGCAUGAUCGUCUCGUUGCUCGAGCCGGGGAGGAAGGAGGCCUUUGACGAACACCAGAAACACGGCGGCAUGCCUUACCCGGAUGCCCUGCUCAAGAGCGGCCAUCCCCCGUUCAAGUUCGCGGCUAGUUACUCCGGUUUCGCGCCCUCGGAUAACGACCUUUAUACCGCUUUCUACGAACCGAAGAUCCAGACGCCUAUGCUGCACGUUCUGGGAAGCUUGGAUACCGUGGUUGAAGAAUCAAGGAGUUUGAGACUGUCAAACGCCUGCGCAAAAUCCGAGGGGAGGGUUAUAUAUCACCCGGGUGGGCACUUUUUGCCCAGCUCCCAGAAGCAGUAUGUUGCUGCUUUGGUCGGUUUCAUCCGGGAGGUUAUGGCGGAGGCAGAAGGCAACGUAAAGAAGGAAGAGAGCGCCGAGGACAUGGACCUCCCUUUUUAA